AUGAGUAAUUCCGCAAGUGUAAGUGACUGUGAUGUUUUAAUACGACCAAAUGAAAAUGAAGAAGAUGAAGAAGAAUCUGCAAAAUGUUGUGAUCCAAGAUCAACAAUGUAUCGUUUUCUUGCUCUAUUUUUGAUGUGUUUUAUAGGUUUUGGAUAUUGUUUUUGUUAUGACAUACCAGGAGCAUUACAAGAUAAUUUUAAAAGUGACAUGGAUCUUACCACAUCGGAAUUUGUUUUAUUAUACUCAUGGUAUUCCUGGCCUACUGUUAUCUUAUGCUUUGUCGGUGGUUUUUUAUUAGAUAGAGUAUUCGGGUUAAGAUGGGGUACAAUCAUUUAUUCUGCCGUUUUAGUUUUAGGACAAUUUAUAUUCGCUCUCGGUGGUUUAGUAAAUAUUUUUUGGGUUAUGAUAUUGGGAAGAUUUAUUUUCGGAAUAGGAAGCGAAUCUUUGGCUGUAGCACAAAAUAAUUAUGCUUAUAUGUGGUUUAAAGGAAAAGAAUUAAAUAUGGUAUUCGGACUACAAUUGAGUUUUGCAAGAGUUGGUUCUACUGUAAAUUUUCAAGUCAUGGAACCUUUUUACAAUUGGGUUAACAAGUAUUAUCAGGGAUAUAUGUGCAUUGGAAUGACAUUACUUAUAGCUGGAUUAACUUGUGUCUUGUCAUUAAUCUGCGCCAUUAUAUUAGCUUGGAUGGAUAAAAGAAAUGAAAAAUUUUCAAAACCCAAAAGCACGCAGGAAACUGAAUUGAUUAAAAUAACUGAUGUGAAAGAUUUUCCCGGAUCAUUUUGGAUGAUAUCAGUUGUUUGUAUUUCUUAUUAUAGCGCCGUAUUACCUUUUAUCGCUUUGGGAAAGGUAUUUUUCGAAAGGAAAUUCGAUUUUCAACCUAACGAAGCAAAUCAAGUUAACAGUAUUGUUUACAUAAUAUCAGCUUUUUUAUCACCCCUAAUGGGUUUCAUUGUUGAUAAAACGGGGAAAAAUGUUUUUUGGGUAUUUUUAGCCAUUUUAGGAGCCAUAGGCAGUCACGGAUUAUUAGCUUUUACUUUUGUUAAUCCCUACGUUGGAAUGAUAAUUUUAGGAUUAUCCUACUCCAUGUUGGCAAGUGCUUUGUGGCCCAUGGUUGCACUUGUCAUUCCCGAAUACCAAUUGGGUACAGCUUACGGAAUCACUCAAUCUAUUCAAAAUUUAGGAUUGGCUUUGAUAACUAUGGUAGCGGGAUUAAUUGUCGAUUCUGGAGGAUACCUAAUGCUUGAAGUUUUCUUUUUGGCUUGUCUUUGUGUUUCGUUAAUAGCAAUUGUCGUUAUAUGGAUUUUUGAUUCUCUAAGAAAUGGAAUUUUAAAUAUGUCGGUCAAAGAAAGAGAUCUUUACGAGAGUAAUAAAUUGGGAUCAGAAAUUUUAGAAAGGGAAAAAUUAUUAGCAUCCGGUUCUAUGGCAGAUGUAACACCGCAAGAUCUUUUAUCACCUCAAUCGGAUUUUUACAUAAGAAACAGAUACCUGUCUAGAAUUGGAGCUAGGGUAAUUAAUUAG